CAACAACGCCGCUUUUUCCUUUUUUUUAUGCAUUCUCUCGUGCUUCCCCCUCGCCCUUUCCUCUUUCCCCCUCACUUAUUCUCUGUUUACGUUUGUCGAAGUUGAGCGAGCAGGCGGUCGGGCGGCUGCGUGUGUGGUGUAUCGUAAAGUCACUUUAUUGUACUCAACGCCUGCCCGUGUUUUCUGUAACUGGUGCAGAGCAGUUGUUCAGUGGCCCCGACAGUCGCAACUAGCCGAGUCUGCCUGAAGUUUUCGAGGGCAUGUCCAAAAAGAGCAACAACAAGGUCUGCUGCGUGUUCGGGUGUCCUUACAAAGCCAUCAACGAUGAGCCCAGACACUUCUACUGCAUCCCUUCCAAGCCGUACGAAAAAGAGCGGAGGCAGCGUUGGAUAGCGGCCAUCCGCCGAGCGAAGCCGGGCGGAUCCCAAUGGGUGCCAACCAAGCACUCGCGGGUCUGCAGUUAUCACUUUGUCGGGGGCUCUGUGAGCAACGUGAUGAACCAUCCGUCCUACGUGCCCACUAUUUUCCCCAAUGGCUCCCGAAAGAGCGGCGCAUCCGCUGAAGUCAAGCUGGCCAGACACAACAGGUGGCGGCAGAGGUUAGAAGCCAAGUCUCAACUCAGCAGUCCCCAAACCACUCCGGUCACAAACGGUCUCCGCGAAGCUGCGGACGAACGCAUGGACGAUGUGACAGAAGUGGCAUCCACCGGUCUCCCGGUAGUGCGUGCUCUCCAGCGGAACAGCACGGAACCCGCCGGCGGCAAUACGAACAUCGAGUGCACACCCGACCUGGAAUUCAUCAUCGGCGACAUCGACUACACCCCUCCAACGCCUAUGAAACGUGCAGCCCACGUCGACCAAUCCACGCAGGUGACACCCGCACAGCCCACGAUCCGCGUUGACCAAUCGGCACAGGCUACGCCGUCGGUGCAAGCCGCAUACUCGGGCCCCGACCGACGCACGUGCUGGUUCGGCGGCUACGAAACCAUCAGAGAUGUGCCGGAUGUGAUGCACGACAUGUGCGGCGUCAGCCCCCACUCCUUCCAGAUCCUGCGGAUGGCGCUGCCGACCCAGCGGCUGCGCCUGUCCGACAUCACCGUCGAAGACAAGCUGGUUAUGGCGCUGAUGAAGCUCAAGCUGGGCAUCGCCUUCUCCAGCCUGGGCGCGCUGUUCGCGAUGCACCGCAGCACGGCGGGGCGCAUAUUCUUGGGCGUUUUGGAUGCGCUCAACGAGGCGACGCGUGACUGGAUUGCGCCGCCACCGGAACGCCCGGCGCCGGCAGCGUCCCCCGAGUGGCUCAAGCGGGCGUGCCCGGACUGCCGCUAUGUCGCGCACUUCGUUGAGGUUCGGACAGAGCUUCCGCCAACGACGGAGCAGCGGCGGGCCAUGUCGGCGAAGCUGAUAAAGAACCACAUGCUCAAGUUCCUCGUCGCGUUUGCGCCAAACGGCGACAUCUGCUUCGUGUCCAAGGGCUACGGCGGCCGCACAUCGGAUGCGUCUGUGGUCGCGGAGUCCGGGUUUCUGGACUUGGUCGACGCAGGCGACAUAGUCGUGAGCCGCGACGGGUUUCUGCGCGUCGACAUAGCUCCGGAUGGAACAAAGUUUGUGUCGCUAACAUCUCCCGCCGCGACAAAGAAGUCGUCACGUCGGCGGACAGAAAGCGAGGAGAGUGAGGAGGACGAUGAAUCGUAUGGUGGUCUACAGGUGCGCGAGCACGUUAUGCGGAUGGUUCAGCGAAUCAGGGUGUACCGGAUACUCGAGAGCCGUCUGCCGGCGGCGCUCAUCGCGCACUGCGAUGCGAUCUGCGAGGUCUGCUGUGUCCUCGCAAACCUGCAGCCCAACCUGUUCCGGCCAACGACCACAGCAUGCGGGUUCUGAACGCAACGGCGUGGUAGAGGUUGGCGCGCUGCUGCAGUCGGUGUGUGCGAGAGGCUGGAUGACUUCAACGGUGCGUGCAGUGUGCAAGAAGUGUCAAUCGAGUCGAUGACUUUCGUGCAAUGGCAGCCAUGCUUACGAAGGUGUGUGAUAUGUCAAACUUUGGCAGCACUUCAGUUAGUUUGGAUCGCUUAUAAAUUUUCCACAUUAAAAUACAGUGUUUUUA